UCCUGGGAUGGCCACGGACUGAGUGAAGCUGGCAUGCUGCUCCUCGCUUCCCCACAGGCUGCGGGAGGAGGGGAAGAACCGCCCUCGCCCACCCCGGCGCAGAGAGCGAAUGCCAGAGUUCAGGCGGGGGGGAGCCGAGAAGGGGCUGCGGAGCGGGCAGCGUUCUGAAGGAGUAGCGGGGAAGCCGGGAAAGGAGGAGACAACGCAGGGGACAAGGGUGGGCGCCAGUAACAUGAAAGAGCCGAGCCGUGCGGGGUCGGCCCAGCCGGGUGGCGGCUGCGGCUGCUGAAGCGGGCGCUGCUGCUGGAGCAGCGGCGGGGGGCUCCGCGGCGGGGCGCCCCCGGAGAGAGCCAUGCGGGCUGCGAAGUGGCUAGCGGGUCUGCUGUGCCCGCUCUCCCUUCUCAUCACCAAGUCCUGGGAAGUCCGGUUUCACCCCUCACAAGAGACCUUAGUGAAGCAACUCUCUUCCUACGAGAUAGUCACACCUACCCGAGUGAAUGAAUUUGGAGAAGUUUUCCCUCACACACAUCACUUCAGAAGGAAGAAAAGGAGCUUGGAGGCACCCGCGGAGCCCGCUGCUUUCAGGACACAUUACCAGCUCAAUGCUUAUGGGCAGCUCUUCCAACUGAACUUGAGCGCUGAUGCAGGAUUCAUUGCUGCUAAUUAUAAAGUGAUGCAUGUGGGGUCCGCACAAGAGCAGCCCUCCUCUGACUUGCGCCACUGCUUCUACCGGGGGCAUGUCAAUGCACAGGAGACACAUACGGCUGUCUUCAGCCUCUGUGGUGGCCUGAUGGGCACCUUUAAAGUACAUGAUGGUGAAUAUUUUUUAGAACCUUUGAUGAAGGCAGAUGGAGAUGAACACGAAGAUGAUCAUAACAAACCACAUCUUAUAUACAGACAUGAAGAUUUAAAAAAUGUCAUUUAUCAGAACUCCCAGAAACCUUGUGAAGUUUCAGAAAAAGAGAUGAAGAAAAUCACGUUACCAUUUCCAGACUACGGCAGUUUAAAUGAAGACCUAAAUAUUUUACAAAAGGCCACAGUUUUAGAGUAUGCUUUUAAAAAUCUAUCAAUAGAGGUUGAUAGAAGCAAUCCACAUUCCCGGAAAAAACGUUUUCUUUCUUAUCCAAGAUAUGUAGAGGUGAUGGUUACAGCUGAUACCAAAAUGGUUCGUCACCAUGGACGGAGCUUGCAGCACUAUAUAUUAACACUUAUGUCAAUAGUUGCAGCAAUCUACAAAGACUCAAGUAUUGGAAAUCUCAUAAAUAUAAUGAUUGUAAAACUAAUUGUAAUUCACAAUGAACAGGAAGGACCAGCCAUCAGUUUUAAUGCAGCUACCACUCUUCGUAAUUUUUGUUUAUGGCAACAAACACAGAACAUUCUGGAUGAUGCUCACCCUUCUCAUCAUGAUACUGCUGUUCUCAUCACAAGGGAAGAUAUCUGCAGAGCUAGAGAGAAGUGUGAUACUCUAGGUUUAGCAGAAUUAGGUACAAUGUGUGACCCACUGCGCAGCUGUUCUAUAAGUGAAGAAAAUGGAUUAAGUGCUGCAUUUACUAUAGCACAUGAACUUGGGCAUGUAUUCAAUAUACCCCAUGAUGAUAGUUUUAAGUGUAAAGAAGCUGGAAUAAAAUAUCAGUACCAUGUAAUGGCCCCAACUUUAAAUUAUCACACAAGUCCAUGGACCUGGUCAAAAUGCAGUCAAAAAUAUAUCACUGAGUUUCUUGAUACUGGUUAUGGGGAAUGCCUUCUCGACAAACCAAAUGGAAGAAUAUAUGAUCUUUCAUCACAGCUGCCUGGAUCAAUGUAUGAUGUCAACAAGCAGUGUGAACUUAUGUUUGGUCCUGGGUCACAAGUAUGCCCCUAUCUGAAACAAUGCAAACGCUUAUGGUGCACAAGUGCUGAAGGAAUUCACAAGGGCUGUCGUACUCAGCAUAUGCCAUUGGCUGAUGGGACAGAAUGUGGUCUUGGAAUGCACUGUUACCAUGGGAUUUGUGUAAGCAAAGAAAUGGAAACACGUCCUGUAGAUGGAGAAUGGGGACCUUGGGGACCUUAUAAUUCAUGUUCAAGAACCUGUGGAGGUGGAAUCAAAAGCACAACCAGGCUGUGUAAUCGACCUGAGCCAAGAAAUGGAGGAAAAUACUGUGUGGGUCGCAGGAUGAAAUUUCGAUCAUGUAGUACUGAUUCAUGUCCAAAGGGCAAACAAGAUUUUCGAGAGCAACAGUGCUCUAAUUUUGAUGGUAAACAUUUCAACAUCAAUGGUCUUACAUCUGCUGUACGCUGGCUUCCAAAAUACAGUGGCAUUUCUAUGAAAGAUCGCUGUAAACUUUUUUGCCGAGUGUCUGGAACAACUUCCUACUACCAGCUGAAAGACAGAGUUGCCGAUGGUACCCCCUGUGGAACUGAAACCAAUGACAUAUGCGUUCAAGGCUUAUGCAGGCAAGCUGGCUGUGAUCAUGUGUUGAAUUCCAAGGCAAGGAGAGAUAAGUGUGGAAUCUGUGGCGGUGAUAAUUCUUCAUGUAAGACUCUUGCAGGUACUUUCAACAGUGCUCAUUAUGGUUAUAAUAUCAUAGUAAAAAUUCCCAUGGGAGCAACAAAUAUUGACAUUCGUCAGCACAGCUAUUCAGGAAAACCAGAAGAUGACAACUACCUUGCAUUAUCUGAUACUCAUGGGAAUUUUAUCCUGAACGGAAAUUUUGUUGUAAGCAUGUCUAAAAAAGAAAUUGGUAUACAAGGAGCCAUUUUUGAGUACAAUGGUUCAAACAACACUGUAGAGCGAAUUAACAGCACCCAUCGGCUAGAAGAAGAGCUAAUUUUGCAGGUAUUAUGUGUAGGGAAUUUAUACAAUCCUGAUGUGCGUUAUUCAUUCAGUAUUCCUAUAGAAGAGAGAAGUGAUCUGUUUCUCUGGGAUCCAUAUGGUCCCUGGCAAGAGUGCAGCAAAAUGUGUCAAGGUCUUCGUAAAAGAAAAGUUACAUGCAUACGUAAGAGUGAUCACUUGGUAGUGUCUGACCAAAGAUGUGAAAAUAUGCCGCCUCUACCAGCAGUCUCUGAAAAGUGCAAUACAGAGUGUGAAUUAAGGUGGCAUAAUAUUGGCAAAAGUGAGUGCACAUCACGGUGUGGCCCAGGGUAUCGGUCUUUAGACAUCCACUGCAUGAAGUACUCUGUUUCAAAAGGACUGAGUGUUCCAGUGGAUGAUAAAUACUGCGCUGAUCAGCAGAAACCACCAAUCAGAGAACCCUGUCAUGGUGACUGUCUGUUAACAAGCUGGCACUACACAGAAUGGUCAGAGUGUUCCAGGAGCUGUGAGAGAGGCAUAAGAACGAGAGAAGCUUUUUGUAUGAACAACUUUGGUCGUCGGCUAGCUGAUAGAGAAUGCCAUGAGCUUCCAAGGAUUGUAACACAGAACUGUAAUGAGUUUUUAUGUCCAAACUGGGCUACUAGUGAUUGGAGUGAGUGUCCUGUGACAUGUGGGAAGGGAAUGAGGCAUCGGCAAGUAUGGUGUCACCUGAAUGAUGAAAAACUGAGAGAGAACUUCUGUAAUCCAAACUCUAGACCAGAAUCAGUAAGAUCAUGUGAACUUCAUGAAUGUGCAUCUUGGCAAGUAGGACCAUGGGGAUCAUGUGCUGUGACAUGUGGACGUGGAUACCAAAUGCGUGCAGUCAAAUGUGUGACUGGCACUUAUGGAGUUAUUUUAGAGGAUGACCGAGAGUGCAAUGCUGCUACCCGCCCUAGAGACAGUCAAGACUGUGAAAUGCCUCCUUGUCCAGAAACCACAAAAUUAUGGACAACAUCGCUUCCUGUCAUAGGGAAGGUGACUCAGUGGAGAUAUGCAUGGACCCCAUGCUCUGCAUCUUGUGGAAAAGGUAACCGUGCUCGCUAUGUGAGUUGUAGGGAUGCUCAUGGUGGAGUUGCUGAUGAAUCAUUCUGUACACACUUACCCAGACCAGCUGAGAUUUCAAACUGUUUUAGUUCAUGUGGAGAGUGGCAAGCUGGAAAUUGGUCACCCUGCACAGUUACAUGUGAUGAUGGAAUAACAAAAAGACAAGUUGUCUGUGUCAACUACCAUCAACAAAUUGAUGAGAAUUACUGUGAUCCCGAAAGCCGUCCUUCCAACGAGCAAGAGUGUAACAUGCCUCCAUGCCUGCCAGUUUAUCGUCAUAUUCCUAAAAUACAUGAUCAUCCAAGCCAUUUUCCAGAACUAGAUUACCCUCCAAUACACAGGGGCCAUCACCCACAAGAUAAUGUAAAUCAAUGGAGCCAUCCUUCUGUAGGAGGAAACCAGUGGAGAACAGGACCAUGGGGAGCAUGCUCUAGUACUUGUGCAGGUGGAUUCCAACGUCGUGUUGUAGUGUGUCAAGAUGUGGAUGGAAUAAGUGCUAGUCAUUGUGAUGAGGCAACAAAGCCCCCAGAGUCAAGGCACUGUGAUUCUGGACCCUGUCCACGAUGGAACUAUGGGAACUGGGGAGAAUGUACUCAUACAUGUGGAGAUGGAAUAAAGACAAGAUUAGUGAUUUGUCAGCUUCCUAAUGGCCAAAUGUUGAAUGAUCAAAGCUGUGAAAUUCUAGACAAGCCACCUAAUAUGGCACAAUGUAAUGUGCAUUCUUGCCCUGGAGAUGUUUCAUGGCAACGGGGACCAUGGAAAUCGGUACGAUAUAAAGAGAAGAAGAUAGAAGUUGAUGGAGUACAGUGCUCAGCAUCAUGUAGGAAAAAGGAAACACGCCGGAAGGUCAAGUGUGUGGAUGAAAACAAGAUCCAAGUAAAUGAAAGUUCCUGUGAUCCUGCCACAAAGCCUCCAUCGAUCAAAAAAUGCAGGAUUGCUCCCUGUAAAUAUGUUGUGGUUACAGGAGACUUGUCACAGUGUUCAGCCAGCUGUGGGCUUGAUUACUGGCAAAGGAUCACAUACUGUAUUGGAAUCCACACUAUUCGGAAUAAUCGUGCCUAUGGUCUUCGCUCGGUAGCAUAUCGAGAUUGCCCAAUAGUGCCUUCCCCACACAUUUAUAAAUGUAAUAUCAGGGGAUGUUUACAAGCAGCUACUUGGAAGGUGGGGAAAUGGAGCAAAUGCUCAGUAGCUUGUGGAGUGGGAAUAAAGGAAAGAAGAGUAGAAUGCAUGACUGAAAAUGGUUUAUCCAGUGGCUUAUGCCUGUCACGUUUAAAACCAGCAGCCAGAAAGAUCUGUCAUGCAAAAGAAUGUGAAGCUUUCACCAGCUGCAAAGAAAUCCAGAUUAAAAAAAGGAUUAGAAAGGAUGGUGAAUAUUUACUAAACAUCAAAGGAAGAUUGAUAAAGAUUUAUUGUUCGGGGAUGCAGUUUGAGAAUCCCAGAGAAUAUUUAACAUUGGUUAAAGGUGAAGCAGACAACUUUUCUGAAGUAUAUGGAUACAGGUUACAAAAUCCAUACGAAUGUCCUUUCAAUGGAAGCAGAAGGCAAGACUGUGCAUGCAGAAAUGACUACCUUGCUGCUGGACACACUAUUUUUAGCAAAAUAAGAAUUGAUAUAAUCUCUAUGCAAAUUAAAACUACAGACCUUCUCUUUGCUCAGAAUGUAUUUGGGAGAGCUGUUCCUUUUGCUACAGCUGGCGAUUGCUAUAGUGCUGCCAGAUGCCCACAGGGGCAGUUCAGCAUUAAUUUGACAGGCACUGGACUGAGGCUAUCCAGUACAGCUAGAUGGAUUGCUCAGGGCAAUUAUGCAACUGUUGAUAUACACAAAUCCCAAGAUGGUACUAAAAUAUAUGGAAGAUGUGGAGGGUUCUGUGGGAAAUGUAUUCCUAACACAAGUAUUGGUCUCCAACUUCAAAUACAGUAAAAACCCUGAAGUGGUAAGAACAUCAAAAGCAGGAAAAUCUGUCUUUAAGGUGCAAAUUCUAGGUGCUAUUAUUUUUUUCAGUCUUUCAUCUCUGAAAUGUUAAUUUACUACUAAGAAUUCCUUCCCAUUUUCUUCAGUGUUCAGGGGUGCAUAUCAUUGUUUAAUCAUUUAGUGAUGGGCUAACAGGUGCAUAAACCACAAUCAUAAACCCUCAGGUUUUAAUAAAGAGGUAUUCAUUCAAUGUACAGUAUAUACAAACAAAUAAAAUAAACUGCACUGAUGUUACUGCUGGUAACACCUUAAACUGGACCAUAAUUGUAAUACUGUACCUGCAACUAAUCAGUGCACCUCAUUGUACAAUGUACAUUAAAAUGCAUAUACUGUGCUGAUUUUGUUGAUCAACUAUAUUAACGUGUAGAAAAGAAGGAAACCAAUUCAUAAUUUCAACUACUUUCAGCUUUAUGAAACCUGUUGGGAAUUAUGUUUUGUCAACAAUUUACAUCAGAAGAGUGCAUCAUCAAUAUACUUUUUCCUGAUACAGUUUCUAUAGGUUUUUUUUUCAUUUCUGUGUUAUUAAAAACAUUCAUUCUCUCUCUCUUUUUGUGGUGCUCAAACAGUAAUAUUAAUUUUGGAAAGUGUGGUUCAAACUCUGUAGUCUCCAUGAAAAAUGUUAAACAUCAAAACGCUGUUUUGUUGUGGAUAAAAGAAAAUAAAGAAACACAUCAUAGUUUGAAAAUCUAUGAAUAAAACCCUACCUCUCACACAACUGUGUAUACUGUAAAAGCAGUAUACAAUUUAGUAUGCGGUUGUAUAACUAUACAUAUUUACUUAACCUCUGCCCAGAUACUCCAGACAUUUUAUUUGUUGGAAGUGGCUAACAGCAUAUUAACAAAAGCCCUAUCUUGUCUCACUUUCACACCCAGAAUUCCCAUUGACCUUAGUGAAAGUUCUGGGUUCAACAAGGGAAGGUAGGGUUAGGCCAAAGUGUGUGUAGUGCACGUUUUUGAGAAGUGCAGUUUAAUUUUUCAGAGGGCAAUAAAUGCAACUGUAAUGUGCACUGUUAAAAGUGCUUCAGCCUAGAAAAAUUAAACGUAUAGGAGGAAAUGUUUAAAUUUCAGACAUGAUUUAGCUGUUUGAUUUGUUGUUUAGAAUUAGUCCAAGUCCAGAAAUAAGUACAGACUAAAGAUAACCUGUUUCAGGUAAAUUCUCAGGUAUUCAAAAUAAGAUUUUCUAUGUGCAUAAAACGACACAUUAUGUACUAGAUAAUUAUAGGCAUUUUUCAACUCUAAACCAAAUAUCAGCUAACUAUUUAUAUGCCAGUGAGAACUGGUAGGUCAUAUGGCAGCUAUAGCUUAGUUUUACCCAUAAAGUGUUAGCCAAGUUAGGAAUACAUUUUAAUGAAAGGCUAUAUUGUACCACAUACGUUUAAGCAGUUGCUUUUUAGAUAACACAUGUAGAUGACUAUUUUGUGAUCUCUGUAUCAGAAAAGUAUUUUUGCACUAUGUGCCUUAUACUAGUUGUAAACGUGUAUAAGAAAUAUAUAACACUAUUUUCCUAGAAAUGUUUACAUUUAUAAUUAAAAUGUUGUAAUUUAUAAAAUAUUUAUAUAAUAAAUAUGCUUGUGUGAUU